UUAAAUAUAUACUUUAAUUUAUAUUAAAUUAUGUUAAUGUGAAAACGAACACAAAAAGUCAAAAAUCAUAUAUAAUGUUAGCAAAUUUAUUGAGCGCGAGCGCUGGACUUUCGACUUCAAAUUUCAAAUAUUUUUCUCCGCCUGCCGCCGUCUCUUCCUCCUCCUCUACAAUGGCACCCACCAUCUUCAUCGCCGUUCAGUGUUUCCAAUGCUCCACCAUGCAGGUGAAGCAGAAGAAGAAGAGCAGCAACAAAUGGAACUGCGCAGUGUGCAACCAGAAACAGUCCUUGACCAAAGUCUUCGCUCAGGGAUUCAUGGCCAGAGACAUCCGCUCCUUCGUCCAGACCUUCAAUAUGUCCCGUAAACCCCUCGAUGAACAAUCUCUCUCCUCCAGAACCCUAUCUCCGGCGCUAGAUGAUCAGGUCAUAAAUCACGAUGACGACGACAAGUUCGACCUCCCGGUGAAUCAGAGGAAGAAGCGAGGCGAUUGGACCGAGUAUCUAGAUCCGGAGGAUAAUCACAUCCAACAGCGAGAAAAAGUAGAAGAGGAUGGUGAUGGUUUUGAGGUGAAGGUUGUCACAGAAUUGGAGAAGGGCAUGUUCAAGAAACCUAGAUUAGAAAAUUACUCUCCUGGGUCGGAUAGUGGAGGCAGUGACAAGCUUUUCAAGCCUCGUUUCUCAAAGAGGAAUGCCAACCAAAAGAUCAUUUUGCGAGUCAAAUGCAUCCACCCUGGUGCAGAGGAGACUGUGAAGGAUCAGGUAGCCUUGACUGAGAACAAUUACAAGGAACCAGAUGAUCAGAGGUCUCAGAGAUAUCAACCAACAAUCAGCAGAGCAACCUCCAAAUGGAAGGAUUACAUGACUGAGGAAGAUGACAGCCUCCAGCUUGGAUGGAAGAGAGCUUUCAAAAACCAAACGGAUCCAUGGAGCAACACUGUCUUAGAGGCCAUAACUAACGAGCAAAUGGUAGACGAAGAUGUACACCCAGACUUCAUGUGAAUUACAUUCCAUCUUUACCCCAGUGGAGAAUGAUUUCUUCAAUUAGUAUUAUUAACUAGGAAUAUAUGCAGUGAAUCACAAUACGGAAUCAAUUUUUCUUCGUAUGCUGCUCCUGAGUUAUAUAAAUGUGAUUUUGUCUUGGAUCUUGUGGCUUUU